ACUAUCUUCACACCUCACCCGACUGGCCCGUGUCCGCGUCUGUAUUCUUGCGUUAACUACGUAGGGCGUUAGGGAAAAAAAAGAAUCCACCGUGCGACUUUCACUGACUGUGACACGGGGAUGUCCUUCCUUGACGCCUCGGAUGAUCACGAACAACACGACUGCAGUCAGCCACUGGACGAGAGAGUGGUUGAUUACGGAUGGUUCAUCAGCAGGUCCUGAGCUGGCUGAUCUCAGACCAGAGGGGAAACUUAAUUUUUGCUGUGGCCUGAAGGCAUUAUAAUUCUUGAGAUGUCAAUGAGACGAGGAGAAGGGAUGUCCAUCGCUCAGGCUUUGGCCAUGACUGUAGCAGAGAUACCCGUCUUUCUCUAUUCCACAUUUGGGCAGUCCAUAUUUUCCCAGCUGAGGCUUACACCGAGCCUGAAGAAGGUGCUGUUUGCCACAGCGCUGGGCAGUGUAGCUCUAGCUCUCACUGCUCAUCAGUUAAAAAGGCGAGGAAGAAAGAGGAAGCAGGGAACACAAGAAAAGGAUGGCCAGAAGACAGUGGGAAUACCAGAGUCGCUCAUGAAGACAGGACGGCCCUCAUCAUUAAAGAGAGCCCCGUUUACUGGUCGACAGAUGAUGAGUCCCAGCACUCGAAGCAAUGAUACGAUGAGUGGAAUUUCCUCCCUGGCUCCCAGUAAACACUCAAGUUCAUCACACAGCCUGGCAUCUACGCGAGUCCCAAGCUCUCCAAAUCAGUCUGCCAAUCCAUCCACCCCAUGGGAGGCAGAGCCUGUGGUGGAAGAGUCAGGGGCAGUAGAGGAUGCUAAUGCAGAGAAUCUCUAUUUAAUGGGCAUGGAGCUGUUUGAGGAGGCUCUGCGAAAGUGGGAACAGGCACUGAAUAUUCGCCAUCAACCCCACUCAACAUCCAGCAACAACAGCCUGGCUCUGCAGGGAGCAACAUGUGGAGACGUUACCACGGGUGAAGCCCAAAAUAAAGUGUUUGCUGAGAAGUUAGAGACACUACUGCACAGAGCGUAUCACCUACAGGAGGAUUUUGGAAGCAGUAUCCCAGCAGACAAUGUGCUGGCAGACUUUGAAAGUGAAGGAACGCUAAUCUUGCCUCAAGUGGAAAGUUUCCACAGACUGCAAGAGGACGAUGCUACUACUGUCACUUCUGAUGACUCCUUCUUUUCGGCUGCGGAGCUGUUAGAUGCCAUGUCUCUAGGGGAGGUCUGUCAGCCAGCAGCCCUUUAUGAAGAAGCCCUGUCUCUGGUCCAUGAAGACAAAGUGGCCUAUAGGACCCUGAGGACUGAACUACUUGAAUGUUAUAGUGACCAAGACUUCCUUGCCAAGCUUCACUGUGUGAGACAAGCAUUCCAGAUCCUGUUGUUAGAUGAAACUCAUCGUACAUUUUUCAUGGAGACCGGAAAGCAAAUGAUUGUGGGUUUAAUGGUAAAAGCAAACAAGAGCCCCAAAGCUUUUCUAGAAAGCUAUGAAGACAUGCUGCUGUACACUCAGAGAGAGGAAACGUGGCCGAUCACUAAGAUGGAGCUGGAGGGUCGAGGGGUGGUUUGUAUGAACUUUUUCGACAUAGUGUUGGACUUCAUCCUGAUGGACGCAUUCGAAGACCUGGAGAGCCCUCCUUCCUCUGUGGUGGCUGUGCUGAGGAAUCGCUGGCUCUCUGACAGCUUUAAAGAAACGGCUUUGGCAACUGCUUGCUGGUCCGUCCUAAAAGCCAAAAGGCGUCUUCUAAUGGUUCCUGAUGGAUUUAUCUCCCACUUCUAUGCCAUAUCGGAGCAUGUGAGCCCAGUUUUAGCUUUUGGCUUUUUAGGACCCCGACAGCACCUGAGUGAAGUGUGCACAAUUUUUAAGCAACAAAUCGUGCAGUACCUUAAGGAUAUGUUUGACCACGACAAGGUCCGCUUCACCUCUGCACAGUGUUUGGCCGAGGACAUCCUGAACCUUUCCCACCGCCGGAGUGAUAUUUUACUUGGGUAUCUGGGAAUCGAUAGCCUUCUCGAGAUCAACGGUGCCCUGCCCAGAGACCCAGAGGGCUCUUCAGGGACCAACUAGGAGGAGUAGGGUAACAAAGAGCUUCACUGGGCCUUGUACCAGCCAACAGCAAAGAGGCUGACAAGUUAGGGAACAGCAAGAAGUCACAGCUGAACAGUGUGUCUGUAUUCAGACUGGAAUGAAUCAUCCUCCUGUGAUACACUGAGAACCAGCAUUAUUCAUUUAUUCAUCCGUGUUUCAUUAAACAUGAUGGCUUCAGUAGGACAUACUUUCACCAGUUCUACAAAGUCAUUGUUCGUUGUACUAAGGAGGGAGGCUAACGAUCCCACCUCUUUUAUGUUGCUGCUGUGUAAUCAUCGAGAAUACCGACUGCAGUCAUGUAAUGACAGACGUGCAAGGACUUGUCUCUGCCUUGUUGGGUGAGUUCUUGAAAACAGGCCUAACGGGAAGCAUGAAAACUGUGCCCGCUACACUUUUACUCCACAUGGAUUGCGCGCUUUCAGAGAACUCUUCAUCACCUCUGGAAUUAGGGGGAAUUAUGGUGUGGGAAUCAGUAUUUUGUGUUUCUGCGUUUUAUAUUAAAUUAAGGAAGAUUAUCUGUUUAAAAUGAUGAGAGUUCCUGAGAGUUCUUGAACACUUUGGCCAACUGAUUAUUAGUGCUGCUGUUUAAUGCAAAAUGAGAUGGGUUUGUCUCCACACUUGUCCUUAAAUCCUCUUUAAUGUCUUUAUUUAUUUUCUUCACUUUGGGUUAAUCGUGUUUAUAAUGUGAUGAAACCAAGAAAGUCUGUUGAAUGCAAAAAGACGUUUGAACUUGUGUAGGGUACUGGCAUGUUACCCAUGUUUGACACCAGUGUUCACAGUUGCAGUAAACAUGAGUGUUUGAAGAAGCAUGUGCUAAGGGAUUAUGAAGGUUUACUUUCUAUAAAUUACAAUGCAAAUAUUCAGAUUUAAAUGGCACCAAACCCCCCCCCCCAAAAACAGCACUCUUAACUGCAAAUAAAAGAGUGUGAGAUGUGAAAUACCUGUCUGAAAACUAUUACAUAAAACACAACAGUUUAGAAGAUGCUAAAGACAAUAAACAAUGACACUUGAGUUCUCUCGAUUUGUAUUUCCUAAUUCUAAAGUCUGAAUUUGAGACAUUCUCGCAGUUUAAUUGCUUGCAAACAUUUGGGUCUAUAAGUGUCCAGUUGCAAGUUGUACCAAAUAAGCCUUUAACAAAGUGGAUGCCAUGUGUUCACACGACAUGAACAAGAGUCUUUUCGUGGCAGUUUUCACUGUUUAACAUUAAAAAUGGCAUUAAAGUAGGUGAGCCAGCAUUGGGGCCCGAGCACGGUGCAUGUUCACUCGCUCACUCACUAUCACACCUUAACAGCACACCUACUGAAUCAUUUAUGUUUUUGUUUACAUCUGUACUUUUUCUGUACCUUCAGUGAUAAAAGGGCGCUGUUUUGUGUGUGUGUGUGUGUGUGUGUGUGUGUGUGUGUGUGUGUGUGUGUGUGUGUGUGUGUGUGUGUGUGUGUGUGUGUGUGUGUGUGUGUGUGUGUGUGUGUGUGUGUGUGUGUGUGUGUGUGUGUGUGUGUGUGUGUGUGUGUGUGUGUGUGUGUGUGUGUGUGUGUGUGUGUGUGUGUGUGUGUGUGUGUGUGUGUGUAAGAAGGUGGACACCUGUGGAGAUCUUGCUUAGAAAAAAUAUAUGUAAACAGUGACGCAACCGCUAAAUGAAACAUUGCCAUUUAGUAUUCUUAGCGAGGCUAUUUCUGAUGUUAUAAAGAUCUGUAAUGAAGAACAGGGCAUUGUACAGCUGGACUGUCAUCCACGUAGGUGCACUGAUAACAUCUGAGUCUGCUUUGCUUUCCCAAGUACUGUAAACUUGUUACCGAAUGGCAUUUAUUCCGUAAUUCUCGCGUCGAUUACACCACUACUGCACAGGCGCAUUUCUUAUUCGCAGAUAUAUACAAACUAAAUCGUCUUCAUGAAAUUGAAUUUAAAAAAAGAAAAGAUUAUUUAUUUACAGAGAAGCACAGUUAUCUAAAGGGAGGAAAAGAAUUCUCUCUGAUUACUUGGGGCGUUUUAGUGUCAGUAGUUUAUCUUCUGAGUCCAUACAAGUGUAUUUCUUGUGGCAGUGAUAAUCCAAAUCAAAGUCUCUUAAAUUAAGAGCUUUUAUUUUCUUUUAUUUUGAUUCAGUAUUUGCAGGGUUAUUUGGUGUUUCUGUCUAAUGUGAACCAAAACUGUAAAUUGAGCUUUUACAGAAAAUAAUUUGGUUCCUCAUUGUGACAGAUGAGCAUUUUGCACUUUAGCAGAAAAAUCCAAGAAUGUCCAAUAACCCUUUUUUAAUAGUUGUUGAUUUAUUUGUUGCAUCAAAGAACUGACAUAUUAUUGAUAAUAAAGAACAUAAAUGCUGUACAGUAGAGAAAUUAUCUUUCCCAGAUCACUAUACAUAUGAUCAUUGUUAAUCUGCUAUCUAGGUUUUGUUAAUGUGUUCAUCUUGUUCAAAUUCUCCACUUUUAACUGUUCUAGUCGUUUUUAUACCAUUAUGUGUCAUGCAGGUAAAUGCUGUUAUGGAAAAAUGCUUCUGUUUAGUCUUGUGUCCACAGAUUGGUCUGCUUUUUCUCAGAUAAUAUAUCAGUGUAACAUGCUACCUGUAGACCCAGGCUUAGCCUUUAGCUGUACAUUUUAAAGAUGCCAGAUUACAAAUAUUUAGAAAUUUCUAAUUUAAAAAAAAUAAUAUUGAGCACGGAGACGACUUCUUAGCAUAUAUUUGAUGCAAGAGUUUUUGCAAGAAUUUCAGGUGGCCAAACUGUAGAGAAAGAUUGGUUUUGUUUUGAACGUCACUGCUGUGUUUCAAGUGUCCUACUCAUGCCUUUUGUCUUUUCUAUUGUUAAUCAACAGCAGAAACUCUGAUCUGAUUUUAAUUUUCCAUAUUAAAUGUUAUUUUUUGUUAAA